AGAAAAUAUAAAGUGGAAUAUUGUUUGAAGUGCAAAUGCUUAGAGUGUCUAUGAAAACCGUAAAAUGAAUAUCGUAUUUCUGUUUGUCAUUUAUCACCUAUUAUUUGCAGUUUAUGGAUUUAAGGCACCGAAACUACUGAACCGAUUUGGAAAAUUCUUUCACCGUUGGAAAGCUAUACUAUCCCUGAGUGACAUAAGGCUAUAUUUAGUUAAAAAAAAUAGGGUUCCUUACCAAAACUCCGAUUGAAAAUAUAACAAAGUGAUGUACUACAAUUUUAUAGAACUUAUCAUUAUCUACAAAAAACGUCGCGACAUCAUAUCUCUAACUAUUAUAGUUUUGUCACAAUAAGCGAUUUUAUAUAAAAAAAAUUAAUUGAAAUACCACUACUUGAAAACCUUAGUAUUAAUCCUUAUCGAAAUAAUUUAUUUAUUAGUUAAGAUCCCUUCAAAACCUUUAUAUAACUUUUUGAAUUAUUAGAUUCUGACAUUCCAUUCAAAAGAUAUCACGAGUUAAAUAUUUUGAAAAGCCGCUCGGCGGCUAACUAUGCGUUGUAGAGUUGUAGGCGUCACUCGGACACGGUGGUACGGGAAUGGUCCUGUGCGGAAUUAAAAAAAUUGCCGCUUGAUAAUAAUACUAUAAUAUAAAAAUGAAUUGCUGUUCGUUUGUGCCGCAAAAAAAUGAGAACGGCCAAACCGAUCUGGCUAAUUUUAGUCUUGAAAUAUUCGUGGAAGGCCAGAAAAAGAUUAGAAAAUUAUUACCAAACGUAGCAUUGAUUUAAAUGCUGCACAUUCGUCAAAUAUGGACGAACGAUUGCCGAGAGACGUGAUGCCACAAGAGUAUACAAUUGACUUAUUUAUAAACUCUGAGGAUAAAUUAUUUCAUGGUAACAUUACUAUGAAGCUAAAAUGGGAAAAUGAUACAAAAAGGAUUACGUUUCAUUCACAUCGCGACCUUGAAAUCCAUGAUCAGUCUAUUUAUUUACGAAAAUGUUAUCCCGAUGACAGGAAAAAUAAAAUGGAAGAUAUUCCCGUUGCACGUAUUAGCAAGUUACAUAAGAAAUCUAUUUAUACACUUCACUUAAAUAGCUUUAUUAAAAAAGGAUCACGUUGUGAGCUCUCUAUGGAAUUUAAAGGCUAUAUUGGUACAAAAGCUGAAGGGUUAUUUCAUGGCAGAUACAAUGUUAAUGGCAAAAGCGAAAGUAUUAGUUAUAUUGCUACUAAUUUACAUCCGAAUAAAGCGAGGAGAGUGUUUCCUUGUUUCGAUGAACCCGAAUUUAAGGUUCCUAUUACUAUCUCAAUAAUAAGACCUAAAAAUUUCGGUACAAUAUUCAGUAGUCAGAAAUUGUCAUCCAAAUCGCAAUUGUUCGAGCAUAAGGAUUAUGUUGUUGAUACAUUUGAGCAAACUCUUCCACUAUCAAUGUGUAAUCUGGGAUUUGUGAUAACUCAAUCAGAGAAAUUUUAUCAUUGUAAACAAGAGCUAAAUGAUACAAUACCCAGAAUACAUGUAUGGACACAUAGAGAUGUACCAGAUAUUACAAAGAUCUGCGAAAACAUAUGUAAAAUUUAUAAACAUAUCGAAGAAUAUUUCAAUAUUUCGCUACCUUUGGAAGAAAUUAAUAUAGUUUCUUUACCCGAAGUUUCAACAGUUCAGCCAAUUAGUAGUUGGGGUUUAUUGAUUUUCAGAGAGAGCGACCUGCAGCAAGUUGGUAAUUUUAGCUUGACUCAGGAGUUGAUUUACCAAUGGAUUGGCGCUUGGAAAACACCUUAUUGGUGGAGCGAAAUACAAAUAAACAAAGCCAUUGUAAAUUUUGUAGCAGUUGACAUUGCAUUGGAGGUUUUUCCCGGAUAUGAUUUAGAAGGAGGAUACCCCAUGACAAUGUUAUAUUCUUUAUAUUAUGAGCUAAGUAAGCGUUAUCCACAUUCACGCAUUACAUCAAUGAAGCAGGAAUCUGCAUCUUUGAAGGCCGAACUUGUAUUUCGUAUGCUUAAUUACACACUAAGCAAGAACACAUUAAAAUCAGGAAUUCGUAAAAUGAUUAGCAAUCAGUCAAGCAAUAUUUUUCAUGCAAAUACAAUUUGGGAAGCUAUAAAUAACCAGGCUAUCGAGGAAGGACAUCAAUUAUACAACAUUUCUGAAAUUGCUCAUUCCUGGAUUUCCACAGACCGUUUACCCGUGGUUUCAUUACAACGCGAUUAUACUUCCAACACAGCCAAAGUUUAUCAAAAAAUGUUUCUACGAGAACGCCCGCAUACCGUGCAAAAUCAAGAAAAUACGUUUUGGUGGAUUCCCAUAGUUUUAGUUGAACAAAACAGAUUAGACUUCCUUAACACAACACCAUAUAUUUGGUUGGAAAAAACAAGGGAAAAAACAUUAACGGAGAUGCCAAAUCGCAAUUUCUUCAUUAUAAUGAAUCCUGAAGAGAUAGGACCAUUUAUAGUAAAUUACGAUGAACACAAUUGGAACAUGAUUUCAAAGUUUUUACAAAUUAAAUCGAAUUUGGAAACCAUACCAGCUCUGACACGCGCAAAAUUGAUUAAUGAUGCCUGGAACUUGGCAUAUGCUGGUGAUCUGGCCUUCAGUAUUGCCCUUGAUGUGACACUUUUUCUAAAAUCUGAGCGUAAUCCAGUUGUUUGGAAUCCACUCUUCACAUUAAUAGACGAGAUAAGUAGACGCAUCGAGAUUUCAAGAGUACAUCAUAAAUUCCAGCAAUAUGUCAUUUCUAUUAUAUCUCCAUUGUACGAAGAGCUAAGCAGUGGAACAGACAGUGGAAACCAUUGGAUAACUAAUUUGAAAAAAAUAUCGAGGGAGUUUCUUUGUAAAUGUGGAUAUGAACCGUGUAUUGAACAAGCUCGAAGUACAUUUAAUGAAAUGAUGAAUCACAAUCCUCUAGAAUUCGGAAUAGGAUUUGAGAAUCUGUAUAUUUGUCCAAUUUUAAAAUGGGGUACAAUGAAGGAGUGGCAAAUUGUGCUAGAAUAUGUGAUGCAUUUCCCUACGAAUCGAAUAAAGAGCGAAAGAACAUUUCUGUUGAAAUCAUUAGUUGGAUGUCCUUUACAAGAAAAUAAAAUUCAUCACUUACUUAAUUUAACGCUAUUGCAAAAUAACCCACUAUUCUCUAACGGGGAUUUGUUCAUGAUUAUUAGAACAUUAACCAAGGAAUCUGUUGGAUAUAAAACACUUUUAGAAGUCUUAUCAAAGAAUUGGAUGGAAAUUAAUGUUCGAUUUCAAAAUAACACCGAUCUAUGGGACAAUUUAAUCAAUUCGGCUACUGGAAUGUUUACCUCCCAAGAAGGAUAUGACAAGGUUAGACAACUGUACACAACAUUCCGAGGAGAAUUUAAGAGUGCAGAGCAUAUUAUUCAGACAUCGUUACGAAAUAUAAAAGAAGAAGUCAAGUGGAGUAAUGAAGCUAUUCCGGAUAUUGAAAAAUGGCUUGACAAUUAUAUUAAUACAAAACUUCAAUGAGUUUUUAAGUUUUAAAAAAAUAUAUAUACAAACAAAUUUAUUUAUAUUGAAAUAUAGGAUUGAUAUGAAUAUAGUAUACAAUACUUCUCUUUGCA